AAGAAGAUUAUUGCUGAAGCCAAAGUGGAUAUGCGUACGAUCAGUAUGAGUGAGCGCGUUGCUAGUGAGCGAUGCUGACAUGCAGUUGGUAUAGAACGUUGCUCCAAUUAAGAACAAAACAGUGAGAUUGGAAGGCGAAUACUCGCAUAUAAGUCAAUUAAGUACUGUAUGGAAGCUGAAUAAAAGCCUCUCAUAAAUAUACAUACAUACAUAUAUAUAUACUUUUAAUAAAAUUUGUGUUAUAUAGAGGCAACAAAUAGUGUGAAGAACAUAAAAACAAAACGCCAACAUACAUACAUACACGUAUAUAUGAUUUUUUUUUUCAAAUCCAAACUAAUUGAGGAAAUUGUGGAAAUUUGAAAAUGUGUACAUUUAUGUAGUUGAGUAGACAACGAAUGCGGGCAGAAACAGCGUGAACGGUUAAAUAUUUUGAGAAACCUUUGAAAGAAAUCAACGAAUCUGUCAUCAAAGAAUUUGACAACUACAUCACCGCAGAUAAGUCAGGGGAGCAAAUAAAUCCUUCAUUGCCGACAGCAGUGGAACGCAUAAAUAAACCAAAAAGUAAUAUAAAUGUACAACAACAACUCCGUGGCAUAACUAUCUCCGAGCAUAUGCAACAUUUACAUAUAUAUUUCCGCUCAAGAGGUGAUUGUCGCAACAGAUCACUCAGAGGAUCAACGCAGCAGCGCAAAGUGAUCAAACAGCAAACGUCGAUCGUCAAAUGAUAAACGAACGGAGAAACACAUGUUGCUCUCAAUCGACUGAAGUGCGUGCAAAUGCUAAGUAAAUAUCAGCAACAACAGUAACAACAAAAGCAACGACAAUUGUGGCAACUGGUAAAACACGAGCUAGAAGCAGCUAUCAUAAGCACCAAAGUAGAAACAAUAAAUUAAAAGUAGAAAUAGAAAAGUCUCAAAUUAAAAGAAACUAAAGUGGAUUUCCGGUGAAUCAAGAGGCCGAAACGAGAAACACCACACCAACAACAACAACAGAAUAGCAGAACAGCAGAACUGCAGCGCACACAUAACCGAAAGUAUCCGCAUGACAAAACCAUAUACACCGCACAUGUGUCAACGUGCACCCCUUGCGAGGCAUUUAUAAAAAUAAACCGGCGGCUGCAACUAAAAAUGGACGCAACACGCGACAUACCUACGAACGCUAAAACGCCGAAAACAACAAGUUCAACUCAAGUGAAGUGUACAGCUACAACAGCAGGCAGACAAGAUCACUCGAGACGCGGCUGGAGGAAAAGUAUGGCUGCCGCCGUCACAGUCACCGAUACCGAUACAGACACCGGGAGUCAUAAACCACAGCAUCGUCACAUAAAUUACGAAAAUAGACAUCAACGGCACGGUAGCGGCGUUGCCACAGCAACCAGCCGCCGAAGAGCUGCAAACGGUAGUCGCGCAGAAAUAGUCACACGCGCAACGCUACCGACAAUGGGAGCAUUUUCGGAACUCCUCAAAAUACUCACCCUCAGCAUUUUGAUAUUUUGCAUAAUGCAAAAACCGUGCACUGUCACAGCUCGUAAGCCCACUUCGCAAGAGCUCAACGACUACGACGAGGGAGUUUUCGAAGUGCAAAAGCGUAGCGAACAUGAUUUUGGCACAGAGGCAGCAGCCGAAAAUGGCGACAACGAUAACGCGGGCAUCGACGAUGCCGGCGCCGUGAUAAGAGCGAAUGGGAAUGCCACCAACGCGGAUGGCAGCGAAUCGAAAUCACCCGCUGACUUUGAACCACGUUUCAAGAACUCGAAAAUACUACCCAAUAUACACUCAAAACCAUCAGGUAGUUACAUACAGCUCGCUUGCCCCGCGUUGGGACGACCUGAGCCGAACAUCACCUGGACACGGAACGACGCUAAGAUCCUGCGGCAUAUGGGGCGUGUGCGCAAAGUGAAAUGGGGCAUACAUAUGGAGGAUCUGGUGCCGGAGGAUUCUGGCAUCUAUAAGUGUAGGGUGUGCAAUUAUUUGGGCUGCAUUGAGCAUGCAACAAAGCUGAUCAUUAGUGAUCGUGUCAAUCACAAGCCGAUCAUACUGAAAGCGCCGGCGAAUCUAACGCUGCCGUUAAAUGCAAGUGGCCACAUGGAAUGUGUUUACCUAUCGGACUUACACAGCAAGAAAACGUGGACGUUCACACCGUGCAAUAGAAGCGUCUGCUCGGCAAACACGACAUUUCUCAAAAACGUCGAGGAUGUAGAUAUUUUGAAUUUCACUAAUGUGACGCCCGGCAAUGAGGGCUGGUACACUUGCAUCGAAAUGAACGGACUCGGUCAGUCGCAUAGCAGCGCCUACUUGCGUGUACAAGAUCCUAACACUGCGCGCGUCAUCUCCAAAUCUAUGCAUGGCUAUGAGAUAUGGGGCAUUGUGUCGGUGAUGGUGCUGCUCGCUUUGGUCUGUCUCAUUUUCUUCAUUUAUGUGCUGCGUAAAGUGAAACAUGAAAAGUUACUCAAACAGCGCAUUGAAACGGUACAUCAGUGGACAAAGAAAGUGAUCAUAUAUAAGCCGCCAAGUGGUGACUCCAGCGGCUCGAUGGACACCAUGAUUAUGCCGGUGGUAAAGAUAGAAAAGCAACGCACAACCGUGCUGCAGAGCUCCAACUCGGAGCCGGCGCCAUUCAAUGAAUACGAGUUUCCAUUGGACUCCAAUUGGGAAAUACCACGUUCCCAACUCAUUUUAGGCGCCACACUCGGUGAGGGCGCUUUUGGGCGCGUCGUCAUGGCUGAGGUGAAUAACGCCAUUGUUGCCGUUAAAAUGGUGAAGGAAGGACAUACCGAUGAUGACAUAGCAAGUUUGGUGCGCGAAAUGGAAGUAAUGAAGAUCAUUGGCAAGCAUAUAAACAUCAUCAAUUUACUAGGCUGCUGCAGUCAGUCCGGUCCACUAUAUGUGAUUGUCGAGUUUGCACCGCACGGCAAUCUUAAAGAUUUCCUCAACAAAAAUCGCCCACUAGCCGCUGGCACGCUCAAAGAUUACGGUGAGCAACAGCAUCAGCUGCCGCUGCCAAAACAUCAUCUAACCGAGAAGCAUCUCAUCUCAUUCGCUUUCCAAAUUGCACGCGGCAUGGAAUAUCUGGCCUCGAGACGUUGCAUACAUCGCGACUUGGCGGCACGUAAUGUCUUAGUCAGCGACGAUUAUGUCAUGAAGAUCGCUGAUUUCGGCUUGGCACGUGACAUACAGGAUACGGACUACUAUCGAAAGAAUACCAACGGACGUCUGCCCAUUAAAUGGAUGGCGCCCGAAUCGUUGCAGGAUAAAUUCUACGAUUCACAAAGUGAUGUCUGGUCUUAUGGCAUACUGCUUUGGGAAAUUAUGACCUUUGGCGCCCAACCCUACCCAACCAUUAUGUCGGCGGAGGAGCUCUAUAGCUAUUUGAUGUCCGGUCAGCGCAUGGAAAAACCACCUAAAUGCUCGCUGAACAUAUACAUGUUGAUGCGUCAGUGUUGGCAUUUCGAUGCCAUGGCACGUCCAACAUUUGUUGAGAUUGUGGAGAAUUUGGAUAAGCUGUUGUUAGCCAAUGAGGAUUAUCUCGAUGUGGCGGUGGCGAACCUGGAAACGCCGCCCUCGUCAAGUGAUGACGAGUCGGAUGUUGAGUCUCUGAGGUAUCAUUAUAAAUAAUUGGAGAUAUAAAGUAAAAAUAUAUAUAAAUAUUUACUUAUAAAGGUUGUAUAUAGCAUAACAGUACCAUAGAGCAGUUAAAACUUGUCGACAAUACUCAACAAAAUUAUAUUAAGUAUAUUAUUCGUUAGGACUUAAAAAUAUUCUAAUUGCUAAAAUUUGUAUUUGUAAUUAGAUCGUAAUGCUAGCAAUUAAUAUAGUUCUUAGGGAAAAAAUAUUGUAAAAAAAACUUCAAAGUGCUGUCAAGCAAAUGUCGAAGAACCAAAGCAAAAUACCAAAUAUUAGUUAAAUAAGUCAUCGGCUACGACCAGUUGUGCAAUAUAACUCGGCAGCUUAGCAUAUUUUUAUAAAUUAAAAAUAAUAUAAUAUCGUUUACCCAAUGAAAUAUUCUGUAUAUUAAAAAAUAUUUAUUAAGAGGUUCAAUGAACAUUUGAUUUUGGAAAGAUAAAACCGAAAUAAAAAAUAUAAUUUAAAAUAAAAUUAAACAAAAACAU